UGCCUGGCUCGAACCGAGGCUCGCAAGCGGCUAUGCAGUUCUUCAUCAAACUGUGCAAAAACUCUCAUUAUGCAUUUGCCUGCGGUGCUGCAGAGCUAAAUCUCGAUCAUUGCUAGAGAAUAUGCACAUAGCUGCAGCGUGCACGCGCGAGGAAAGAGGAUACCCUGCCUGCAGCCGCUGCAAGAAAGAGAGAGGAGACUCAGCCGUGCUUUCAUCAUUAUAAUCACCAUCCUAAGUGCUCGCUCUUAACAUUUUGUUUUUCGCUGUUCGGGCGAGAAGUGACAAGAGUAUAGACCCCUCCUCUGCAGGGCGGAGCGUGCAUUUUCAUUUCGGUAUUUUGUAUUUUUUUUUUUUAUUAUUUUUUUCCCCUCCUUCCUACCCCUGUACCCUGCUCUGACACGUCUGCACUGAGUGAGUGGCAUUGGCACACUGUCAAUCGCUCACUAGCGCUGCCAUCAAACAACAUAAAACACACACAGGCAGAGGGCUGGAGCUCAUAAAUUUCAGCAGGGCAAGAUAUUUUUUGCGCAUCGCCUUUUAUACAGCGUUCUAUCCUAAUUAAUUUCGUCUCGCCGUUGCUUUUUUCUCCCCUUUCUUUUGCAACAACAAAAACAACAAAUAUCUCAACUUUUUCUACAUUUCAUAUUUUUUUAAUAGUGACCUUUGGACACCUUGCUGCAGAUUGUGAUUUAAAAAAAAAUACAGGGAACAUUACUCCACGUUUACCUGAGAUUUAGCCUGAGAUUUUUAAUUUUAAAUUUUUACCACUAUUAUUUGUUUACACAUUUCCACGUUGGAUAAUUUUCGCAAAGGAGGAUUUGGACAUUUUCAAGAGGACAUGCGCCGGGGAUUCUGGUGAAGAGACCACCAAGGACCGUUUCUUGUCUCCACUGCCGGUGUUAAAUCGCAGAGAGAGAGAGUGAGAAAGAGGGGGAGAAAAAAGACUGAUCGGUGCGAGGAUUUGGAGCGGGGAUAUGAUGGAGCGUCAAUUUUGACGAAGAAGUUUUAAGAAGAAGAAAAAUUUUUCUUUUCUUUUUUUUUUUUUCUCACGCAAAACACUGCCACGCGUUUUUGGGCACUUUGGACCCGCGCGUAAAAAAAGAAAGCAUCAAGAGGACUACUUCACACUAAAAUAUAUGUAUAUAUAGAUAUAGAUAGAUAGAUACAUAUACCUACUGUAGUUAUUAUUCAAGAAACACGCGUCUUUAUUUCGCUGAACAAACACUGCGUUUGCAUCCAUCCUAGUCUCUACGGCAUAUGCUCUAGCCGAUUUCGUAUAUGAGUUUUUCAAUUUGUGUGGCUCAGUGCACAGACUCUUUAGCGGCUACUAUGGACGAUCAAGCCCGGAUCAUGCAGUCCAUCGGCGGCGUCAGUCUGGCCGGCCACUCGGUGCAGGGAGGCAUGCCGCUGCCGCCUCCGCACGGACACGACGGGACGGACGGGGACGGGAGGAAGCAAGACAUCGGUGACAUUCUGCAUCAGAUCAUGACCAUAACCGAUCAGAGUCUGGACGAGGCGCAAGCAAAAAACAGGAAACAUGGACUGAACUGUCACAGAAUGAAACCAGCACUCUUCAGCGUUCUCUGUGAAAUCAAAGAAAAGACAGGUCUCAGCAUCCGAGGUGCCCAGGAGGAGGACCCUCCGGACCCCCAGCUCAUGCGCUUAGACAACAUGCUGCUGGCAGAGGGAGUGGCAGGGCCGGAGAAGGGCGGCGGAUCUGCGGCAGCUGCGGCGGCGGCUGCAGCCUCAGGAGGGGCGGCCGACAACUCCAUCGAACAUUCUGACUACAGAGCCAAACUCACACAGAUCAGACAGAUCUACCACACAGAGCUCGAGAAAUAUGAGCAGGCAUGCAACGAGUUCACCACCCAUGUGAUGAACCUGCUGAGGGAACAGUCUCGCACGCGGCCCAUCUCGCCCAAAGAGAUCGAGCGCAUGGUGGGAAUAAUCCACCGCAAGUUCAGCUCCAUCCAGAUGCAGCUGAAGCAAAGCACCUGCGAGGCUGUCAUGAUCCUGCGCUCCAGAUUCCUUGAUGCCAGGCGAAAAAGGAGAAACUUCAGCAAGCAGGCGACGGAAAUUUUGAACGAAUAUUUCUACUCGCACCUCAGCAACCCGUACCCGAGCGAGGAGGCUAAGGAGGAAUUGGCCAAGAAGUGCAGCAUCACCGUUUCCCAGGGGGUGGGAAGCACCAUCACAGUAUCACAGGUAUCCAACUGGUUCGGCAACAAACGGAUCCGGUACAAGAAGAACAUCGGCAAGUUUCAGGAAGAGGCCAACCUGUACGCCGCCAAGACGGCCGUGAACGCGGCACACGCUGCAGCCGCUGCGGUGCAGAACAGCCAGGCCAACUCCCCCACCACUCCCAACUCCGGAUUCCAGAUGAAAGAUGAAGAGUUUCAGCUGGAUUCUGCAGAGAGCAAAAACACUCUUUUAAGCAACAUGUUUACUGGUUCUUCGGGUUCUUUUAGCCUCCCAAACACUGGGGACAUGUUCUUGAGCAUGCAGAGUCUGAAUGGGGAUUCUUACCAAGGGGCACAAGUCGGAGCCAAUGUACAGUCACAGGUGGAUACCCUGCGCCAUGUUAUCAGUCAGACGGCAGGAUACAAUGAUGCUCUAGCAGGAAACACCAUGUAUAGCCCUCAUGGCCUAAAUGCUAAUGGAGGAUGGCAAGAUGCAAGGACUCCAUCUUCUGUGAUCUCUCCCACAGAAGGGCCUGGAAGUGUGCACUCGGACACCUCAAACUGAUUAAUGCAUCUUCCCCUGCAGCGCAGCAUGGACUUCUUCAUUUCCUGUAAAACAGACAAGGACUUAAAAAGCAAAAAAAAAAAAAAGGCAAGAGUUUUCCUUAAGAUUUCCGGUGACCGCGGCGCACACGUGCACAUGGCAUCCUCCGUUAUGGACACUAAGUGUUUCCUGAUCGCUCAGACUUUUUCUUUCAUGCAUCGACUGUAAUCACCAUGCUUUUGUAAACAUGCACCACAACAAACACGUACAAAUACAAACACAAACACAAGCAGUCUCUCCCCACAAGCCCCCAAACCAAACAUAAUCUUCCAAACUUUCAGGACGAGUAUCUCCAGCUCUGCUACGAAAAUAACCGGAUGACAUUUUAUGACAUUUUAAACGCCCAUUCGUUCGAUUCUUGAUUUGAUAGCCGCUCUCCAUUUUGAUAAUUGAGCGCUCUUUCGUUUCCUUCAAUUAAUGCCGCUGUUUCUUUGACUCUAAUGUGCUCGCAGCCUUGUCCGGCGACUCGACAAUGCUCGACGCUGACAGCUCGGUGGCAGCUUCGCGGUUACUUCCCAAGAUUUAUUUUUGUCUCACAGCUGUGUACAUGAGUGCGAGAAAACGACUAUUCGAAGCGCGGAACGUAAAGAAGCGUAAUUGAUUGCUUGACUGAAAACGUGACGCGGUUCCAUAUUUUAUAAUUUGACGUUUUGUUGUGUACAUAUGUAAACAUUUCUUUUGUACUGCUUAUGGAAUCAACAAAUCUCCCCUACAGUAGAUCAUUCUGACACGGCCUACAGGAGCCCGCCCCAUUACACUGGAAAAGUUGUACAUAAUAUAGCCUAAGAGUAAUUAAAACAUCCAACCAAUCAAUACGCCACUUUCUUACCUCAUUCAUAAAAACCAGUCAUUUGCAACAUUUCCGUAGCUUAGAGUGCUCACUUACUACCUCUAAACAAUAUCGCCAUCAUAAAAUCUUUCUUUUCUUUUCUACUUUUCUGCUCCUUAUUUAAUGGUUUAAUCUACUUAUUUUUGAUUACAUCUCACAACAGUGUAAACUCUUCAUUCCCUAUGUAAUCUAAUGUAUAUUUUAAUCUUUUAAUAAAAUUGCGUUGCUGUGCUGCAACUUAAAAUGAAACAAAAAAUAAAAAAUGAUAUUAACACAAUGGGGGGAAGGGGGGCGCAGACAGGGAUCGGGUGAAGAAAUUGUUGGUUUAAUGGCUUUUAUUGAGGGCGGGGGUGGUACACACCAAACAGUAAAACUGUUGUAAAUACUGAAGAAGAAGAAAAAAAAAAAACAUUUUGAAUGUUGCUCAUCUUGUUACUAAAUCAUUCAGAAAAAAAAGAAAAAAAAACUCACUAUAAAAACUGUAAUGCAUAGAGGUUUCAGUAUUCAGAACUGUACAUUUCCUGCUCUGUUCAACAGGGUUCAAGACUUCUUUUUCUCUCUUUUUUUUUCUUUUUCUAUUGUAUGUGAUUCUGAAACUGAAAAAAAAAAAGUCAUGACAAAUGAUUUGUGGCAGUGAUUCUAAUGUAUUAAAGAUGUUUAGUGUUACUUUCUAACCAGACUACACCCUGGACAGAAAAGUCUUCCUUGUGGUAGUUGUGUAAUUUCAAACAUGAAUAAACCUUUUUGCUUUCAUGACA